AUGUCCAUAGGUUCUUUCGUCUGCACUAGCUGUGGUGGUGCACUGUAAGUCGAACGCAUUGUGCUCUAACUUGUAAUAAUAAGACGCAAAUAUAACCAACGGGUUAAGUCGAUCUCCAUGUCGAAUUUCAGUAUGCAGGAAAUAUUCUUUCUAAAGAAGCGGGGAAACAAAGUACGUCGUCUUGAAUUGUUUUCCAAUCUCUUGUAGGCUUGCCACAAGAUAUACAUGGCCUUGUGCGAAGGAGAACCGAGGGAAAAACUCGAAAAUUUCGACGACUUCCUGCGUUUAAAAUAUGAAGUUCGAAAAUGGUAA